UUCUCUUCCGUCAUAUACCUAGGUUGCUUGAUCACUGUCCUAAACUCCCCCAACCUAGAUAACCCCUUCAAUCAUAUCAGCCAAAUCUGUGAGCAUGUCCUUGCGAAUUAAAAAUGUCGUUUGCUUUUAGGUGUAGACCCAGAGCUCUCUGGGUUGGCCUCACACCAUGUUCUACAACACGGUCGCGGCUCUCUCAGGCGUGCACAGAACGGAAAUGCACAUUUGAGCCAAGUCGACAUUUCCAUGCAUCGCCAUGUCGGGGCCUGCGAUUGAGCGAUAUGAGCCAAGAUGAAAUCGCCAGUCUCAAGGUCAACCAAGAAAGAAUGAUGAAGACUCUCCACGAUACUUGCGUCUGGGGCACAGGGAAGCGCUGGGGAAGCGGUCCGACAGAGACGGGCAUGUCACGUCUUGCCCUCUCAGAUUCUGACAAGCAGGUGCGGGACUGGUUCGUCGAGACCGUCAGAGAUCUCGGCUGCACGGUCAAGGUCGACUCGAUGGGCAACAUAUUUGCCAUUAGAAAAUCCAGACCUCCCGGCGAUCACUGGGCCACCACUUUUGCAGGCUCGCAUCUGGACACUCAGCCAACCGGGGGAAGGUACGACGGAAUCCUUGGAGUAAUGGCCGGCAUCGAAAUGUUACGGGUGUUGAAGGAGAAUCAAAUCGAGACCGAGUUUCCAGUUGGGGUUGUCAACUGGACGAAUGAAGAAGGAGCCCGGUUUCCCGUGAGUAUGAUCUCCUCUGGAGUUUGGGCCGAGGUCUUUGAUAUAGACCAAGCCCACAAUCUGCAAGAGGUUGGCGGUGGUAAAGCUACGAUGAGAUCGGAGCUUCUAAGGACCGGCUACCUGGGCGAGAUCCCUUCCAGCUUCAGCAAAGUUCCAAUGGCGGCCCAUUUCGAGCUGCAUAUCGAACAAGGUCCCAUAUUAGAGUCAAACAACCUCAAGAUUGGUGUUGUCCAGGGAGUACAGGCAUAUAGGUGGUUUACUAUUGAGAUCAAUGGUCGCGAUGCACACACCGGAACGACGCCAUUUUCUGCAAGAGCCGAUGCCAUGCUUUUGGCCUCUCGCUUCAUUGUCCACUCGCACGCGCUGGCUACCUCUCACGGAGCUCUUGCGUCCACUGGAAUCGUUCAACUGGAGCCUGGUUCUGUCAAUACCAUUCCAGGUCAUGUACGCAUGAGCUUGGAUAUUCGCGCACCCGAGGACGCAACCUUGGACGCCCUCGAAGCGGAUCUCAAACGAGACUUUGAUCUCCUUUCCAAGGGUGUUGACCCUCCCGGAUCCAAAUCACAGCUUCUCGCCGGAGCAACACCCGGGAGAAAUGAUGCAUUCUCGGUUACUUGGAAAACGGACAGCGUCUCGGAAGCAACCAAAUUCCACCCCGACUGUGUUGAAACUGUGCGAGCCUCAGCGCUGUCGGUGCUUGAAGCGAGGGGUCUCGAGAACCCCCAAGGGUUGAUCCGAAACAUGACCAGCGGCGCGGGCCACGAUACUGUGUAUGCAAGCCGAAAAUGUCCGGCAAGCAUGAUCUUUGUCCCAUGCCGGGAUGGUGUCAGUCACAAUCCCGAAGAGUAUACUAGUCCUGAGGACUGUGCCUUGGGAGCCGAUGUUUUACUGCAAAGCAUCUUGCGUUAUGAUCUUUUGAGGUCUAAAACAGAACGUCACAUGUGGAACUAGAUCGAAUAGAAGCAAAUUCCUGCAAACGGUAAUAAGCAUCAGUUUGGCCAUGUCACCAUUAGAGCCAGAUUAAUGUGAAGAAUGGGGAACGCGAUAUCACCUCAAAUCCUGGCUAGAUACAGCCUGUUUCUGUACACGAGUUUCAGAGAUCGGCUUAGCAGUGGGUGGAAUAUCAGCCGAUGAUGAAAGCAGGUCGCUAUACAACGGUCUAAAAUCAGCCAUGGAGAUUGGCUUGAUUACGACGUCAACAGAGCGAUGCGCUACUCAUCUCAACCAUCCAGCCCUUAUCUGUAGCAAUAAGAGACUUGGCAGCCUAUCUGUUGACAUCUGCCAAGCUGGGGCCGAGGUGGACUUUACCUUGUUGCCCUUACAGGUACUUAAAAUAUAUUUACCUCUCCUGGAGGACCAUCUCUCAUCAGUCCGCGGCAAUUAUCUCCGGCAUCAGGAGACCGUAGCUGCGAACCUCGACAUCAAACCGGGGCGCAUGCUCGAUCUCGGCCACGGCAGGGGCCGUCGCCGCACACACAUGUCCUCCCACGGCCGGGUCCUUGGUAAGUCCUGGGCCGCGAUGAAAGUGCGUUGUGGCGUUUGUUCUGGAUUCAGCUGUGUGGAAAUCUUCAGGUUUUUGAGAGAUAAUUUCAAGCUCGUGGAUCCGUAUGAUGAUGGUUCGGCAGCAAACGAUGAGAUCUAGACCACAGUUCCAACUCUUCUGGCUGCUUUGCUGCCGAAAAUAUCGAUGCAUA